AUGGGAGGAAUGACGGAUUAUAGCCAUUGGUCGCAUGAGGAUUUGAUCAAGAGGGUAAAUCAGUUGGAGAAGGAACUUGUCAAUAACACGAAAAGCGCAACUCCCAUUCCCAAGAGAAAUAUACAGAAACCUCGCCGUGAGCGAGAAUUCGACCCCUCCAAAUACAAUACUCGACUCAUCGCUCUCAAACUUGCAUAUUUGGGAAAACGCUACAAUGGAUUCGAACAUCAUGCGCAUCCAACACCUUUGACCACUAUUGAAGAAGAAUUGUGGCAGGCGUUGAAUAAGGCUCGUCUUAUAUUUCCUCAAGGAGUCAAUCCGAUGGCGCCGGGUGAGGUAAAUUGGGAAGGAUGUGAAUAUUCGAAAUGUGGGAGGACGGAUAAGGGCGUUAGUGCUUUUGGACAGGUUAUUGGAAUUAGAGUUAGGAGUAAUCGACCACUUGCUAAACCGAAAGCCAAGCCCGCAUCAGAAGAAUCGGUAGAGGGAAAAAUAGCAGCGGAAGAUGAUAUGUAUAAUACGUAUCCGAGGGAAAAUGGCAUCGAAGUUACAUCUGCGCCGCUUUCUCCAUCAGCAGGUAUUCCAGGCCCACGGGGGACGGAUAGUGGAGCAUUCGUUUUGUCGGAUCCGCACAUUCAAGAAAGUCUUGAUUUUAAUCAUAUUACUGAUGAGAUACCUUAUCCACAAGUUCUCAACCGUCUUCUGCCACCCGAUAUCCGUAUACUGGCGUGGUGUCCGUCACCACCUGUUGAUUUCUCUGCUCGCUUCUCCUGUCGCGAACGUCGCUAUCGAUAUUUCUUUACCCAGCCUGCAUUUUCUCCCAUUCCUUCUCAGCUUGAACAUGGCGCAUCAGCUAGUAAAAUGAAAGAUGGGUGGUUAGAUAUUGAAGCUAUGAGGGAAGCGGCAAAGUUAUAUGAAGGUUUACAUGACUUUAGGAAUUUCUGUAAGGUAGAUCCGGGGAAACAGAUUACGAAUUUCGAGAGGAGGAUCUUUUAUGCGAAUAUCGAGGAGGUGAAGGAUUAUACGAGUUCGCUGGCUUAUGUAAAUGGAGAUUCGUUUCUUGAUGAUUCGAUUCGUUCCAAAAUUGACGGUGAGAGUAAGGCUCCUAAAGUCUAUACUUUCGACCUUCAUGGAUCGGCAUUCCUUUGGCAUCAAGUACGUCACAUGGUUGCAAUUCUAUUUUUGGUAGGACAGGGUUUAGAGAAACCUUCUGUGGUAUCAGAAUUGUUGGAUGUGGAGAAGAAUCCAGGAAGACCAGCAUAUGAAAUGGCUACCGAUACUCCCCUCGUCCUCUGGGACUGCAUCUUCCCCCACGAAGAUGACGAAUCUAGAACCGACGCCUUAGACUGGCAUUACAUAGGCGAUAGUCCGGGUUUUUCCGAGGGCAAAUACGGACAAGCGGGCUUAAUGGAUGAUCUCUGGAAAGUAUGGAGAGAGCGAAAAAUCGACUCGAUUCUCGCAGGCGAACUAAUGGGCAUAGCGAGUCGUCAGGGAGUUGAAGCGCACGAGUUGAGCGGAGGCAAGGGUGGCAAAGGUAGGAGUCAGAAGGUUUUUGAUGGAAGCGAUAGUCCCCGGUUCGCGGGGAAAUAUACGAGGGUUAUGGAUAAGACGAGGAUGGAGCCUGUGGAGGUGGUUAAUGAGAGGUAUGUGCUUAGGAAGGGAUUGGUGGCUAAGGAUCAGAAGAAGGGGUUUAGGAGGAUGGAGAUGGAGAGGGUUGAGGGUGUUGAUGAGGUUGAGGUGCAGGAAAAGGGGACGGAGAAGGGAGAGAAAGAUGCAGAGUAA